CGGACGCCUCUUGCGGUACCUAAAACGCGACAAAACGAGACGCACAUACGCGCAGGCUUACGGCAGAGCGAGACGCAACAACGCCGAGUCCGUUUUCAACAGGUCGUUACUCUAACUUCAACUAAAUGUGAAUCGUCAAAGAUGUGCUGGCUCAGCAUCAUCGUGGUGAUAUUCGACUGCCAGUGAGCUGCGAUCACCGAGAUGCUAAGCUGCAUGACGCAGUUCCAACUUCUACUGCUGGCCCUGACGGGGAUAGUGUUUGUGGCGGGUAUGAACGAUGUAUGGGUGGAGCUGCGUGCGCCGAGGUUCGUUGUGCAUCGGAACAACGUGGUGCUGCGCUGCGAUCACAAUGUCGAUCCGGCUUCGAUUUAUAAGGUGGUUUUCUACAAGAAUGGACAAAGACUCAUGAAGUACGUCCGAGAAAGAGACCCGCCUUACGAGCUUUACAACGUGACAGGUGCUGAUAUAAAUUUAAUCCAGCUAUACCCGACGUCGAUAACGUUGGAGAGGCUGGACUUCUCGGCGUCUGGGCCGUACGCCUGCGAGAUAGCGCUCGAUACGCCGCUCUACUCCAAAGUGUCUAAGAUUCACGAGCUUACUGUAAUCGUCCGUCAAAAACACCGUCCGAAGAUAAAAAUUAAACACAAAAAGCUGCUGUCCAGUGACCACCUCGAAGCGACGUGCCACAGCGCGCCCGCGCACCCCGCGCCGCACCUCACCUGGUUCAUAAAUAAUGUGAAGGUAGACGAGCGUCUAACCGUGCCGCACGGAACGGUCAACAUCCACCGGCACCACCACGGCAUGCCUCUCUCCAUCACCAACUCCUCGCUCCACUUCCCGCUGGUCACCCUGCAGUUGUACCCCAACCAGACCGUCGACAUCACCUGCCUCAGCACCAUACCCAGCUACGCCAGUAAAGAUGAAGGUUUCGCUGACGUACAGAACCAGACCGUUACAGUAAACGUGGUACGGAUCGAGCCGCCGCCCACACAACUGCCGGUGAAAAUCGUUAGCCCAGAAAUGAAUUCGUCGUAUCGAUUUAAAUGUCCCUAUUCUAAACAUAUACUCGCGCUAGUUGUACUGUUUGUGUGCCAUUUUAGCUUCUAAAUGAAUGUUAUUUAUAAAACGGGAGCCGAUGCGAUUUUGCAUACGAUUUUACGAAACGUCUACGUUUCUAAAAGUAUACUUACGCCGGAGUGAAAGCGUAAAAUUGUCUUUGUCAAAAUGUAUAUACAGUGUCACAUGUUACUUGUCACAUCCAAUCUUAAGUUGAGCGUUUCUUAAUCGAAUGCUAUUUACAUAAAUGGUAUUAUUCAUAGUGUUUCAAAGGGUAUUGAACUAUAGCGCGAAUGGGAAACGCUUAUUUGUGAUUUCCUUACUGAACUAACGUUAUUUAAACAAUAUACUAUAUUGCUUAGUUUAGGACUAGAUGCGCAGUGUAAAAUGUCUAAGGAUAUUUAUUUAUUGUUAUUAUUAUUUUAUACUAUUUAUUUGCUAUUUUAAGUACAGUUGUGCAUUUCCAAAAUCCAAACCAGUUUGCAUUAUCAUGAAAGUCCACUUUAUAAAAGUAGCAUUGUAUAUCCGUAGCUUAUAAUUACGACGUCAUUUCACUGAAAUGACGCCUGGAAUUGAAUCGCGUCGGCGACUGUCACCAAUCAUAGUGGAGUUGAACGAGCCAAAUUGAAUUUAAAAUUCAUUUGUGACGGUUCGGUUGCGGUGCUUAUAGCAGUGAUUAUUGGUACCAUUUUAUAACGUGUCCAUCGUACAUUAUCAGUACUAAAAGUGACAUGUUUUAAUUAAUGACGAGAUGUGCUCCCCAAUUUGACUUUAUUUGCAGUCAAAAUUCUAUCACCCAUACAAGCAUAGGUUGUGCUAUUCUCUAGUACUAAAUUAGUACUAAACACUGAUACAUUUCGUAUGCGUUUUAAAUUUAGUUGCGGCUGAAAUUAUUGAUGCAAAAUCUUCCGAUCCUAUAAUAGGCUUAUUAUUAGAUCUAAUGAUAGAAAAUUAUUUAUCAAAUAGUAAAUCCAUAAAAUAUUAACACAAAUGCAAGUCAAUAACAAAUAUGAUUUCAAUAAACCUUCGCCAAAUAACAAGUGUUUCUAGCGCUGUUCAUAUUAUUAUCAUGACUGGUAUGUAUAGCGCGAUUUUGUGAUGACAAGCGUCAGAGCGCGAGUGCGAAUCAGUGACCGAAUGUCAUGUAUAGGCUAGCGCUCUCACACUAAAGUACCGAACCCUACAUACUAGAAGAGUGUUCUGAAUGAAAAAAGAUAAGUUUUAGUAUCAAACAACCAUUAGACUACUCAACACUAUGUCUCAAAAAGAAAAAUAAGAGUGUUCUGAAUGAAAAAAGAUAAGUUUUAGUAUCAAAAACCAUUAGACUACUCAACACUAAGUCUCAAGAAGAAAAACUUUUUUCUUUCAACGUCUAUUUUG